AAACCAAAAAUGAAGACCCAUCAAGAAGAGCAGAAGCAAAAUGGGCUCUCAAGCACUAUCAUCCUCACGUUUCUUUCCCUUCAGCUGGGUGGCUCUAAAUUCUUCUCAACCAUCAUCAUGCCUCAAUCCAUCUGUACUUCCUCUUAAAUCCAAAAAUCCUCCAUUCCCACUUCAUGCCAAUGCCAUUACUUCUCCCUUCUCUCUCCUCAGGUUCCAGAGGUUGAACCCCAGAGCAACUCUUGAUGAAAAGGACCAAAGCCCACUUCUUGUUCAACAGCAAGAAGAAGAAGAAGAAGAAGAAGAACAGGAAGAAGUGCAGACUCAAAUCAACAAAGAUGUAGAGGAGAGUGUGAAAGUGCUCAAGAAUGCUGCAAAGACAAGAAAAGUUGCAGCAGAGGAGAUUUUGUCAGCUCUAUCUGUGAUAGAGAAGGCUAAAAUUAAUCCCUCAGGAUUUCUUCAAACACUUGGUGGGUCAAAAUCCCCUGGAAGAACUUGGAUGCUUAUUUUCACUGCUGAGAAGCAAUUGAAGGGUGGAAGAUACUUCCCUCUUACUGCUGUUCAGAGGUUUGAUGCUGCUGGAAAGAGAAUUGAAAAUGGAGUAUAUCUUGGACCAAUUGGAUGCUUAACAUUUGAAGGCAGAUUUACAUGGAAAAACAGAAUAUUGGCCUUCAUUUUCGAGCGUGUUCGUGUAAAAAUCGGACCUCUGAACCCUUUUGAGAUAAGUCUUGGCCAAAAGGAAGAUAGAGAACCGAGCACCAAGGAUCCAUUCUUUAUCUGGUUUUACAUCGACGAAGAAAUAGCAGUUGCUCGAGGCAGAAGCGGGGGAACUGCUUUCUGGUGUCGAUGUCGUCGUGUUACUACUUGAUUCAGUUCAAACUCCUCUUGAGUUAUGCACUCAUAGUAUGUGAAACUUGUAAGGAUGCUAAUCUUUUGAAGUGUAAUAUACAUAUAUUACUACAAAUCUUAAGGUUGUCUUGUUUUUCUGCAGAUUUUAUACUGCAAAAGAACACAGGUGUUGGUUGUAUAAAUCCUUUAAAAAAACUUAUUAUUUG